GACGAAGAUCUUCUUCGAAGGCCAUGAAUCGCCGAAGCGUAAAUUACUUUUUUGCUGAACGCUAACCCCCACGCAAAACGCCAUCUUCAUCCUCAUUCACCGCAAAUUGGCUUUUCUUGUUCCGAUUUCUGCUUGCAAUCAAAAAGAUCCGAAUUUGAAACUUAUUGCCGCAGGACCUCACGACCAGUGGCAGUGACCCAAAAGCAAAAGCUACCCUAUCUCCUCAGAACGAAUUCCCAAAUGGACUGUUAACGCGUACGUAUACGCCCUAUCUUUUCUCGUAUAAACGAUUUUUCCUCUCUCUUUUUCGCGACGUAUAGUACCUUGCGACCCAUCAAAGCUAUUUUGUGCUUUCUAGCUACUCUUUGUGAACAGUAGAGAACUCUACACACAGACACAAGACCAAUAUCACUUUUUUUGGCUUCCUCCAGAAAGAAAAAGAAUAGUUUCAAUUUUUGGAUACAUCUCCUUUCGAAGAAAAAACAAAUCGAAAAUGUACAACGGCAUUGGGUUAGCGACCGCCCGCGGUAGUGGGACGAGCGGGUAUGUGCAACGAAACUUGGGCCAUGCGAAGGAAAAGCGACAGGAUCUCUACAAGGUACUAUGGAUACUUCUUGAGUUUUUUGAAUCUCAACGCAGGAAUGUAACACGUACAACGAAAAAAAUGAAUAUUUUGAUCCUUGAAAAAAUCUCUGAGUCGUGGACUUGAAACUCCAACUCAAAAAUCCUUAUCCUUUUCCGUCAUUCCACAACAGAAAGCGGGGGCUGAGAACACCGGCGUGCUGGUGCGACGAGCAAACCCGGAGCUGAUGGAACACGAGAUGAAGCGACGGGUGGAAUUGCAACUACUGGAACUCCGCGAGAAGUGGGAAGAAGAAGGAAAAAUGUAUUCAUUUGCUUUUUUUUCUUCAUGCUAAUCUUGCAACACUUGGGCAUGUUGCAAAUGGCAGCUUACAUCACAAGCUAAACUUAGCUAACCCUUGAAUCACAAAGACAAACACGAUCACAGGACCGAGGAAGAAAUCGAAGCCAAGCUGGAAUCCGAGCGGGAACGCAUCACGAUCCAAGUCAAAAGGGAGGGCGUUACUAUGACGGGGAGCACGCACGGGAUAGCCCUGCGGAAAGAGCAGGAGUUGGACAAAUUCGGAAGGGCGUUGCGGCUCGGUGCGUCGCAUUCUAUCGGUACUAUGUUUGUGAAUUCUUAACGUUUCAUCUUUUUCAAUUUCAACUAAAUCUACCUCGUUUACUUCAGGAGCGGAUCUGGAUUCGUCACACACAGUAAUGUGUAUUGCGUUGCAACGUCAGCAUGAGCAUCUUCAAAUUCCGUCCCCACCAUGAUUACCUCUCAGGUGACGGCUUUUUGUCAAAAGAGGAGCGGGACGCAAAGCGCCGGCGGAUGAUCGCCGAGCGCCAAGCCGAGAUGGACGCUAUCAAAUCGGAGCGCGAGAAGGAAAAAGCCAUCGAAAAGGCGCGUCGCGAGCAGGAGGAUGCUGAGCGGCGAGCGCGUGAGGAGGUGCGGUCCGGGCGUGAGACGGACAAAUUUCGGCAGCGGGAAAAGGAACGGGAGCUGGAGAGAUUGCAGAAACUCGUGGAAAUCGAGAAGGCGAAAAGACUGAAAAUCACCGGCGAAGAUGCAGAGGAAGCUGAUGAAGCAGAUAUUAAUACGAAGAAAAAAACAGGAAAGGACGUCUCUGGUGCCGGCGCCGCUUCGUCUAGAAAUAACAAUGGUUCAACAGCGAAGAAGGACGAUGACGUCGAGCUUUCCUCUUCCGCCAAUUUUAGUGAUUUCGACGAAUUUUCCGAUGACGACCGGAAAAAGAACAAGAAAAAAGCUCCCGCUCCUCAAGGUCCCGCGCCGAGGCCCGAAGGCCCGUCGAAUAAGCCAAAAGUGGAGCUGCUCGCACGCAACGACAAGAGGAACGACAGCCGAGCUAGGCGCUCGCGGAGUCGCAGCUUCGACCGGCCAGCUGCUAGUACAACCAGAGGUGCAGCACCAGCAGCUCGAGAUCGCCGGGAUGAUCGUCAUGCGGACCGAAGAAACGACAGCCGCGGUACCGGUGGCAGAAGUAGAAGAAACAUCAACCGCAAGAAAGAUUCCAGAUCCCGGUCCCGCUCCCCCGCCGCUCCGCCGCCGAAGAAGGUUGAAAUUCAACCCGCCCCACGACUCGGACAGCUCGGGCAGAACAGUAAGAAGAAAAGAGACGAUGACGAAUACUCCGCGUCUUCGCUCAGUCGCAGCGCUGGUGCAGGUCGUCCCGCUGCAAAUAACGGUAAAAAAAAUUCGAAGUCAUCGAAAAACGAUAGGGAGAAAAAUGUUCGUCCUCCAUCCCCACCUCCCGCUAAGCUCACGAAGCCGCGCCCGCGAUCGUUGUCUCGAAGUAGUGAAGGCGACUACAUUUCGUCCAACGUUGCGGGAGGAUCAUACGCGGAGCGCAAGGAGAAACUUAGGGAAAGACUAGCGGAGAGAAAAGGAGACAGGAGACCGCGGUCGGUAUCGUCCGAUAAAUCCUACCGGUCGGCGAAGUCCCGGGAUCGGCGACGCUGAUUUUUCGUUUGAGUAAGGAUGAGCUGCUGCUGUACGACUCUUCUUUUGGAACAAAUUGUACUUAGUGCUUGUAGUGACUACGGUUGCGGAUUAUUGCGGAUAUACUAUAUCGCGACAAGGACAACCUGUUGGUGUUGGCCCCCGACACAUGGUGUCCACGUACCUAAGUCGAAGAGCAACUACAGUUUCACCAUCAACAAUCAACGACUCAAAGAAAUAUUUUGAAAAGUAAGAAGUUGAAAUUACAAUCAAAAUAGCCCAGGGAGUGACGUUGCUCGGCACUAUUUCGUAUUGAGAAACAGCUUCGCCUUCGGUAAUUGCCAUUGUUUGCACUCGUAUUUUUGAGAAGUUCGUGUUUUCCACCAACACAGCCCGAGUAUUAAAGAGCUGAACUGAGAGACAGAUAAGAGUGCCCCACGUAUUACCGCUAUUGCAUCUGUGGAGCGAAGAGCGAAAUAGAAAAGUACAAGCGAAGGCUCGCUUUUCGACUUCGCCUCGUAAUCGGUCACGCUUUUUUGUGGUUUUACCUUUUUCGACGUGAAAAGUAGUGAACAUGAUACGUAC